CGAAUUAUUGUCUCUAACUUAGAGGAAAGAAGGUUACAACAAAAUUUGUUUUUUUUAUUCAUGAGUAUUUCACUAUAUAAACAGCAGAAUUCUGGUCUCAAUGAACUUCAAUCCCGAUUGAAUUUGAAGUUUCGUUAGCGAAAAUGCAAUGUUCAAUUCUCUCGUAAACGUUUCAAUUGUAGUGUUACUUUUUUUCAAUUCCAUUUCCUUUGGCAUAUGUACUUACUUCCUCUGAACAGUAAGGAAGUAUUUCAUGUCCAUUCGAAUUUGAUGUAAUUCUUUGCUCAUCUUUGAGUUUCUGGUCUUAUAUAUUAAAAGUAACAAACCUGACCUGCUUUCCUAACUAAACAACUCCUUCACAUUUUUACAAGAUUUUAUAUCAAAAGCCUAGCCAUGUUUUCUAUUCGUCGUCAGCUAGGUACUCAACUUGGUCGUGUGUGCCUCAGAAGUCGUCUUUUGACUGUAAAUGUACCUCUUUUGUCUCAUGGGAUUGUUAGAAAAAACAUACAUGUUAUACCAAAACGUUUCGCUUCAAGCGAGGCAACUCCUAGCCUUCCUCAUGCUUUAAAGAAUGAAAUUCUAUUUGAAAAGAAGUUUUUAAAGAAGAUGGAAGGUUCAGUGGAUACUGCUAAGUUUACAAAAACUACGGGAUUUACAGUCAAGGACGUGCCAGGUCAAGCAGAAGUUGUCUUAGAACGUUCUUAUGGACCAGAAAAAAUUGAAGUGAAAUUUAAUGUACAGAACUUUUACGACGAAGAAGGUGAUAUGUAUCCUGAUGAAGAAGAGGAAGACCUGGAGUACGAGAAUGAAUCUAACAAUUUGGAUGAAAACCAAGAUGAAAUUAUUGAAGAUUACGAGGAUGAGACCAGUGAAGAUAUCUUUCAUACGCAACCAUGUACCAUUUCUAUAACGAAGCCAAAUUCUGGCUGUCUAUACUUUGACGCAAACAUCGUGGAAGGAGAGCUCGAUAUUGACAACAUUUAUUUCUCUAAAGAUCCAGAACUUUUGCUUUCUUCUUCUGAAGAUGCUAAAACAAAACGCAAAACUGCUUACCUUGGUCCCUCCUUUAAAGAACUCGAUGAAGAAGUUCAAAGUUUAUUUGAAAACUAUCUGGAGGAACGUGGCAUUGACUACAACUUGAUUGACUUCGUUAUGCAAAUGAAGCAACCCAAAGAAACAAAAGAAUACGUCCAUUGGUUACAAAACAUUCAAAAGUUCGUAAGCAACUAGCGUGCAACAAUUAAUGCCUUAGCAAUGAAAUAUUCUAUACUCGCAAUGUAGUAAGGUUUAACGACAAUACCCACCUAUGUAUCGUUAAAGGAGUCUUAUAUGUUUAGUUAUUACCCUCAUCCAAAACCAAAAUUUUCAUUUCUUAUAUGUCUAAUAUAACAAUGUCUUUGAC